AUGACAGGCGUCUGGGAUUACGAUCACCUUGGCAAGCUCGUCUUUGACCAGAAGCUCAAGGACAAAAGGCAAGGUUACAUUACGUUCGGCAAGAAUGCUCUAGUGAUUUACCUCCGGGCAGAAACCGCCGAAGCCUUCAACUGGCAUUGCAGGAUUGAUAUUGAUUAUGCUACUAUAGAGCACAUCGUUCCGUCUCGCGGCAAUGGCCAACAUGGAACGAUAACAUUCACCCUCAAGUCUCCACCGAAGUUCUACGACAUUCAAUCGACUAAUGAUCUACACUUGUAUGCCGGUGAGCAAGCACCGAACGACAUCUCUGCCGCAUUGUCGAGACUCGGCAUCAAGCCGCCAAAACCAGUUCUUCGGCUACAAAGACUAUGCAAAUUGAGUAAAUCUCACGACAUGAACUCCGCUUUGUGUAUGGUCUACAAGAUCGCCUUCUCCGACACCCGAAGCGUUGAUCUUGCUUGGACCUUUGUUAAGCCCUUCUUCGCGGGACCUAACACAAAAUGGAUGAAGACCAUGGAGCCCACCGCUUUGACGGGCAGUAUUGAACACGAGUAUGCAGUCGUCAACAAGAUGCUUAGCGACUAUGGACCAUCCUUUCCGCAGACCUUCACGUUCAAUAUCCGUUACCAACUGACAGCGCUCAUGCUAGAGGGUACAAUCGCCCCGUGGAAGAUGAAGGAACUGAUACCGGUAGUACAAAAUGCUGCUGAGAAGCAUGGUGCAGAACUCACCGCGAACGCAGUUCGUCUCCUUGGGAAACGGAUACCAACGCCUACACCGGGUGUUAAGGCGGCAGAUCUUACUUCAAACGCAGUCAGUCGCAGAGGAAAGCGAAUACCAACGCCUGCACCAGCUGUUGAAGCGAAAAGCUUCAUGAUCAAGACCAUUAAGCGCAUUCUUGAUGAAAGCAUCGAAUGUUGUCAACGUCUUGAAGAGCUUUCCCGGAUCUGGGACGUCAAACAGAAGAAGCAAAAUCACCUCGCCUUAACAUACAAGGCUACGGUCACACCUACCGGUAUCCUGCUACGCGGCCCUGACUGGGUCGUCUCCAAUCGUAUAUUGAGGAAGUACAAAACCCACGCCCAGUUCUUCAUGCGCGUGUUCUUCGCAGAUGAAGACGAGCUGCCGAUUCGUUGCGCCGCAAAAUGCGCGGCGAGGAUAGGGCAGGCGUUCUCCGGUAGGGUUCAACUCGAUACAACAUUCUCGGUGCCAAUCUCGAAAACCGCCUAUGUAAACGAAAUGAAGGACGACGUCACGAGAAACAACCGCACAUUCAGUGACGGCUGCGGAACCUUGUCAUUGAGCCUCUUCCAAAAAGUUUGGAACGCCUUCCAGCCGGACCGUAGAGCACUCAGGCCGACGGUGCUACAGAUCCGGUUCAGAGGUGCGAAGGGGGUACUAUCACUAGAUACGACAUUGCAAGGUGAUCAACUGCACGCCCGAAAGAGUAUGACCAAAUACGUCGCCAAAGAAGAGUGGAGGGAUUUGGAAAUCUGUGGAGCUGCCUACAAGCCUCUCAGAGUAUAUCUGAACCACCAGUUCAUCAAGAUCCUUGAGGAUUUACGUAUACCUGCGGAAAACUUCAUGGCGGUCCAGGAUGAAGCUGUCACAGAACUGAAACUCAUGACGGAGCAUCCUCUGAAUGCAGCCAGCCUUCUCGAAUACUCCCACUCGGGUGAUCUCGCGAGAGUCCCGUCACUGUUUCGGCGAAUGAAUGAAUUGGGUCUAUCAUUCCACGCGGACAGCUUCCUCACCGACAUCGUGGAAGUGGCAGCUAUGUCAAGCCUGAGAGAUAUCAAAUAUCGCGCGCGUAUUCCAAUCAAGAACGGCUACCUCCUUUAUGGCAUCAUGGACGAAUGGAACAUUCUGAAAGAGGGCGAGGUCUACAUUCCGCUACAAGAUUACGAUACGAACGACAAACUGAAGAGAACCAUACUCGUUGGCGAGCGAAUAGUCAUCACGAGAGCCCCUGCGCUACACCCAGGCGAUAUUCAGGUCGUCAAAGCAGUCGAUGUUCCAGAAGGUUCGCCCCUCAGAGCACUGCACAACUGCGUCGUAUUCUCACAGCAAGGUCCGCGGGAUCUACCAUCGAAGCUAAGUGGCGGUGAUCUUGAUGGAGACUUGUUCCACAUCAUUCACGACACUCGACUGAUUCCGAGAAUCGUUUAUCAACCCGCCGACUACCCAUCCACGCCGGCAAAGGAUUUGGGGCGGCCGGUAACUGCCGACGAUAUCGUUGACUUCUUUAUCGAAUACAUGAACAUGGAUCGAUUGGGACAGAUUUCGAACAAACACAAGAUUCGCGCUGAUAAGGCUCCUUUUGGCACUCUAGAUGCAGAGUGCCUGCUUCUUGCCAAGCUCGCAUCCGAUGCCGUCGACUUUGGAAAAUCUGGGAUUCCUGCCAAAAUGGCUCAGAUACCGCCAGGUUCUGAUCACAUCCGCCCUGACUUCAUGGCGCCAGGAUCGAACCUCAUCGUCAACGACUUGGGCGCUGCUGAACUCGAGGAGCUUGAGGGUGACGAGCUCGACGAAGUGAGUGUGCUAAAUGCUGAGAAACCAAGGAGUUCAUACUACACAAGCACAAAGGUCCUAGGAGUUCUGUAUCGGCGGAUCGACGAAAAAACGUUCUUCGAUAAGAUGAAGAACGCCUACCGAACAUCUCACCAUCGCCGGGGUGAUGAAACGCUGGUACAGAAGCUCAAGCGAUAUGUGAUCCGAGAGACCCGUGGAGUACAAUGGGAACACCAUUGGGAUUUCGCAGAACAACUCCGUGAAGCGUACGAAGAGAACAUGUUCGAAAUUAUGGACACACAUCGUCCGUCUCGAGGCUCACGUCUUACCGAGCUUGAGGUGUUUAGUGGUAACAUCCUUGGCAAGAAAGAUCGUGCACCCUCCCGCUACGUCCGCGAAGCCAACCUCGAGGUUCAAGAACGCUUCAACCGCGAUGUCAGCGACAUGAUCAAGAAUAUAGUAAUGGGUGAUGGAGACUGGGACGGCGAUGCGGAUUCGGAGGCGUUGCCGCGCUCCAUUGCGUGCUUCAUGGUCGCGCUGGAGACGGAUGGCUGGGAGAACUACCGCACGUUGAGGAGCUGGAAGUACGUUGCUGCUGCGGUGUGCUUGGAGCAGUUGUGGAAGUACAACAACGGGUAUUUGCGCCGACUUUGA